GUAUCAGAGAAAAAUUCUUACCUGGACAAUUGAGUGAUACUGCACAAUUAAACUUUAUGGUUCUUGGAUAUGGAGUAAAUAAAAUUUGCAUUUCAAGAGGAACAAGUCCAUGAGGCCGACCGAGGGAAGGACACCAUCGUCUGAAUAGGGACAUUUAUUCCAGUUCAUGGGGUGAUUUGGAAGUCACGGGCUUUCAGACCAUUGGGGGUACACUCUUAAAGAAGGUUUGAAGAGGCUGGUCCCUUCCUGUCUCUUUCUUUGCUUCCCAGAUCGAGCAAUUUAAGUAGCUUUUUGCAUGGCACAAUCUUGCCAUGUUGCACUGUGCCACCACAGACUCCAAGCAACAGGGCCAUUUAGCUAUGGGUGGAGAAGGCCAAAUUACAAAACAAAAUUAACUCUCGCUCUUUCUUAAGUAUGUGUUCAUUAGGAUGAAUGCUUUGUAUAGGUGACUUUAACUAUUUUAUUGGGUGUUUUUAUACCUCUACCUCUUUCUCCACCCCAAUUCCUUUCAACACCCCAACACCAAGUAGGAGAGAAAGAAGGUUAGUGGGGAGAAGAGGCAUAGUUCUCUCCAUGCUGGUUCCUUGGGGAAAGUUCAGGAUAUCUUCAACUUCAUCUCAUCAAACUGCAUCAACAGCAACCAGGAGCAGAGCCCCCCUUCUCUCUCCUGGCUCUGGCAUUUAUUCCUCUCCAGAGUCCUCAGAAUUAAACAAUCUGCAGUUGGCAAAGAUCACGCCCUUCUCAGAGCCUGCAUGAGGCAAUAGUCUGCUGCUGUGGACAACCUGUAGCAACCCCAUAUCCCACACCUGGGAUUAUAACAAAAACAUGUUUACAUAACAUAACUGUGUUUUUAAAGAUACCAAAACUUCCACUACACUUUUGUGCUUGAGAAACCAGAGAUUGACCUCAGAUGUCUUCUUCAAUCACUGUCAACCUUUACCUUUGAGUUUUCACGAAGAAGACAAAAUAUCCUAAAACAUCUGAAUUAAACCCUACAAUCAGCCUACAUUAAACUUGCUGCCACAGGGGACCAUGGACAUUGAAGCAUACUUUGAAAGGAUUGGUUAUAAGAACUCAGUGGAUAAAUUGGAUUUGGACACAUUAACUGAAAUUCUUCAGCACCAGAUACAUGCUGUUCCUUUUGAGAAUCUUAACAUGCAUUGUGGAGAAGCCAUGGAUAUUGGCUUAGAGGCCAUUUUUGACCAGAUAGUAAGGAAGAAGCGGGGCGGGUGGUGUCUCCAGAUUAACCAUCUGCUGUACUGGGCUCUGACCAAAAUGGGCUUUGAAACCACAAUGUUGGGAGGAUACUUUUACAUAACUCCAACCAGCAAAUACAGCAGUGAAAUGGUCCACCUUCUGGUACAGGUGACCAUCAGUGACAGGAACUACAUUGUGGAUUCUGCCUGUGGAUGCUCCUACCAGAUAUGGAAGCCUCUGGAAUUAACAUCAGGAAAGGAUCAGCCUCAGGUUCCUGCCAUCUUCCGUUUGACAGAAGAGAAUGGAACCUGGUACUUGGACCAAAUCAGAAGAGAGCAGUACAUUCCAGAUGAAGAAUUUGUUAACUCAGACCUCCUUGACAAGAACAAAUAUCGAAAAAUCUAUUCCUUUACUCUUGAACCCCGCACUAUUGAGGAUUUUGUACAUGUGAAUACCUACCUUCAGACAUCACCAACCUCUGCAUUUGUAAGCUCAUCAGUUUGUUCCUUGCAGACAUCAGAAGGGGUUUACUGUUUAGUAGGCUUCACCUUUAUGAGUAGGAAAUUCAGUUACAAGGACAACGUAGAUCUGGUCGAGUUUAAGAAGGUGAACAAGGAUGAAAUGGAAGAUGUACUGAAAACUAUAUUUGGCAUUUCUUUGGAGAGAAAGUUUGUGCCCAAACAUGGUAAACUAUCUUUUACUAUUUAGGUAAGGAACAAAAUUGUUUUUUUUAUUAUUAUUAUUUCAUGUUCCUGAACAUUUGAAACAUAUGCAAAUGUAUCCAUAACAGAAAUCACCCAACUCAAUAUUGAUGCUUGUAUCUUCUAUUUCCUUCAUUUUAUAAAGAAGAAAUACAAGUUGUUCUGUCAUUACAUGAAGAAAAUAUCACAUUACAAUUAAAAAAAUUUAAUGCACAUAACCAUAAUCCUUUAAAGAUUAAUCAUACAAAAAUUUCUUAAUGAAGCCUUAUUCAUUUGUAAUAGAAAACCUCCCAACAUUAUUUUAUUGUUGAACUCACAUAAAACUUACACUAGUGAUUGAAUAUGAAUAAUCAGAGAAUUGCAGGCAUUAAAUUCAGCCAGAGUAAAUCUGAUAUCCAAGGUUUACAGGAAGCCACCUUCACAACUUAGAACCAAAAAAAUAAAAUAAAAUAAAAUAAAAAAUAAAUAAAAAUAAAUUUAAAAAGGAGACAAGAAUGAGCCAUCGUUUCUGUUCCCGGUAACCUCCCAGGCCUCAAGACAAAACUCAAGCCCAAGCUUAGGGCUCUGUGUGUAUGUGCCAAGACAGUGAGAAGGCUUAGAAUUUCCUCCAGGCUUAAUUUUUCAGAUACAGUUCUUUGAUUCUUUUAGAUACGUUCUUUGAUUUUGUAUUUGAUUUUUUUAAAAAUAUGGGAAUACUGAUCUGUAGAAUUAUGUGACUUAUAUACCUCAUGUGAUAAUAUUUAUAAAAUUAAUAAAAUAUAUGUAACUUGGAAAAACACUGUUUAUGAAGUAUAAUAAAUGUAAAAUAUAUUAAAAUAGUAUUGGCUAAUAUAAUAUGAAUCAAAUAUUUCUUGAAGGUAUUGGGAUAUGAUAAGGGUUGGUGUUGUCCCUAAGAUGUGUUUCUUUCACAUCCUAGUUUAAUAACCCUGCUCUAUUCUACUUCAUACUACACGUUAUUUAGCAAGCAACAAACAUGGUUCUUAGCAGACCUUGGAGUUCAAACCCUGAGUAAAU